UCCAACGACAAUUUGUUUUUUUUUUUUAAAGGUGGCGCAGGAGAUUUACGUGUGGGCUCACAACGUGGCGAACCGUCGUGAGUCGAGCAGCUACGCCGCCGCGGCGGCCGGAGAGAAGGAAUACUACAAAAAUGUGGAAGAAAUUGCGAGGAUCAUGAACGAGCCUGAGCAUGUUCCGGCGAGUUAUGACUGGUCGGCUCCCGACAUGUCCGCCAUGGUUUCGGCUUUGACCGACGUUGUCUCCGGCGAUUCCAAACCCUCUGUCUCCGUCAGCAGAUUCACGAGUUCUUCUUCUUCCUCGUUGAGACUCAAGAGAGGACGAGAAGAGUACAAUCUGGCUUCUGAUCAAGUCCCGGUUUCUUCAGUUAUAGCCCGAGCUGAGACCGUGACAGAAGAAGAGGGUGGAAGCUCCAAGGGGAGGCCGAGGAGAUACAGAGGCGUGAGGCAAAGGCCGUGGGGGAAAUGGGCGGCGGAGAUAAGGGACCCACACAAGGCGGCGCGUGUGUGGCUCGGAACCUUUGACACGGCUGAGGCAGCCGCCAGGGCUUACGACUCGGCCGCCCUUCGCUUCAGAGGUUGCAAAGCCAAGCUCAACUUCCCUGAAAACGUGACCGCCCUUGACCGCCACCCUCCUGAUCCAAAUCCCCAAACGCAAACCCAAUCGCAAUCGCUUCCUUCUGCUACGGCGUCGUUUCAUGGUUUCGGGUAUGGGAAAGGGGCGGCGGAGAUAAGGGACCCCCACAAGGCGGCGCGUGGGUGGCUCGGAACCUUUGACACGGCUGAGGCAGCCGCCAGGGCUUACGACUCGGCCGCCCUUCGCUUCAGAGGUUGCAAAGCCAAGCUCAACUUCCCUGAAAACGUGACCGCCCUUGACCGCCACCCUCCUGAUCCAAAUCCCCAAACGCAAACCCAAUCGCAAUCGCUUCCUUCUGCUACGGCGUCGUUUCAUGGUUUCGGGUAUUCACCUUUUGAGAGUCCGCGGUCUGGUCAGUUCUUGGUUGACUCUGGUGGUGGGUCCACGUUGCAGCCGCCAUUGUUGUACGGACAAGGACAGGACGCGACGUCGUUUUCACCUCGGUAUAUGUUUCAGUCUCCUCCAGCGAAUCCGUGUGAUUCGCCAUGCCGCCGGUGA